UCAACCCACUGUGGGAUCAAAAGAUUUGCCUUUAGUCCUCGGCGGGUUUUCUUCAAACCUUCGCGAAGAGCUCACUGACACUUCUUCAUCGUCCUCUAAAUUAACGACCAUCUGAAACUCUGUAUACGUUACUUAAUUUUCCCGGUUGUUUAUCAAUUCUCUCUUCCUUCUCUUCUUCCAGUUAAUAUGAGCUUUCUUAAUGUUCACUCUCAGUAUUUCCCUAAUUCCCAAAUAUCUUUAUUUUCAACUACAACUACUCUUUAUCUAUCUAAAAUACCCAAAUCUUUUCACCCUCUAAACAAUGUCUUCUCUACAACAACAACAACUUCUGCCUCAUCUUCAUAUUCAUCAUCUUCUUAUUCAAUUAAUUUACUACCUAAAUGUGUAUUUGAAGGAAGAAGAAGAAGAAAACCUAGUAAGGUUUCAUCAAAUCGGGAUACUCCAAUUUGGGGUGGUAAUGGUGAAUUAGAUAGUUUUGAAGUUUCUAGAAAACUUGAUGAUUUAGCAAUUGAUGGAGUUGUUUAUAAAAAAACUUUGAGACUUGUCGAGUCUUCUAUGUUUGCUGCUGUUGCUGGAUUAGCUUAUUUCUUGAGCAAUUCUCUUGCAAUUGAGAACUAUUUUGGUUGUUUCUUCUCUUUGCCAAUUGUAAUCUCUUCUAUAAGAUGGGAUCUUGCAGCUGGUAGGAAAACUAUGGUGGCAACUGCCAUGCUAUUACUUACCUUGUCAGGUCCAGUAAAGGCUUUAACCUAUUUGCUCAUGCAUGGAUUGGUUGGCCUUGCCAUGGGUUCUUUGUGGAGGUUGAGGGCUAAUUGGGGUCUCUCCAUUGCUCUGUGCACAUUUGUUAGAGCUAUGGGUGCAAUGGGGUAUGUUCUAAUAUCCUCAUUCUUGAUAAGAGAAAACAUACUAUCUCUGAUCACCAUAAACAUUCACGCUUCUCUCACUUACAUUCUUACCGCCAUAGGUGUAAAUACAAUCCCAUCGAUGUAUACAAUAUAUGCCAUAUUUGGCACCGUGCUUUUACUCAACUGCGUAUUCUUUGUAUUCUUGCUACACAUUCUUUAUGCUGUGUUCCUGUCCAGGCUUGGGAUGAAGGCUUCUUUGUCACUGCCUAAAUGGGCAAAAGCAAUUUGAAGAUCAUCGGAUUCUCAAUAACUCAACUGUUGUUGUUUAAACUUGUGUCUGUACUUAUUCUUCUUAUGCUGUUUCAAGACGCCACAUUUGAUGGCCUUUCCCAUCAAUUUUAUCACCCUUUUCCUUAACUUUACAACUCCUCAGCCAGCAACCUGAAGACACCAAUCCUGACCAAAGAUAUGGAUGAGGAACCAAGAACAGAGACAUCCACCCAAUAUUAGAAUAAAUUUUGAUGGUUAUGAUUUAUGUAACGGUGAAUUUUACUCAUGGUGAAUUUGUGCAUCACUUCAUAAUUUUGCCUAGGGGACCGUUCAUGCAGGAAACAUAAUUAAUUUAGAAUGAAUCAUUUGAAUUGUAGCAA